GAAGACGGAGAUGAUGUCGAUGAUGAUCGGACGAGGUAGCUGCUAUCACAAUGCGACGGUCCACGUACCUCCUUGGGCCUCCUUCGAUGAUCCGACGGCCGGCGACGUCCUCCAAGACGAGGCCGCGCUCGCGGCGCUGCAUCUCUGCGUCGGCCGCGAGGAGGAGGCGGGGGAGGAGGACCUUUCGCUGGUGGACGCGUACGCGUCGGACGAGUUCCGGAUGUACGAGUUCAAGGUGCGGCGGUGCGCCCGCGGGCGCGCCCACGACUGGACCGAGUGCCCCUUCGCGCACCCGGGGGAGAAGGCCCGCCGCCGCGACCCGCGGAAACACCGGUACUCGGGCACGUCCUGCCCGGACUUCCGCAAGACCACCGGGUGCAAGCGCGGCGACGCCUGCGAGCUCGCCCACGGGGUGUUCGAGUGCUGGCUCCACCCCGACCGCUACCGCACCCAGCCCUGCAAGGACGGCACCACCUGCCGCCGCCGCGUUUGCUUCUUCGCUCAUACCCCCGACCAGCUCCGCGUGGUGCCGCCGCAGCACAGGAAGAACUCCCCAUCGACCGCGACCGCCGCCGACUCCUACGACGGGUCGCCUCCUCGCCGGCACUCUUAUCUUCCCAAGAAUAUCGCCGCCUCGCCGACUUCGACGCUGAUCUCGCCGCCCAACUCCCCGCCAACGGAGUCUCCGCCGAUAUCACCCGACGGCGCGAAGCUUCGGCGGGGGUCAUGGCAUGCGGGCUCAUCGGUGAACGAGAUCGUGGCGUCGCUGAGGCAGUUGCAGCUCAGCAGGGCGGAGUCGGCGCCGAUCUCCUGGGGGUCGCAGGUGGGAAGCGGUGGAUUUGCCUCGCCGAGGGGCGCGUCAUUUGCCGGGUUUAAUGCAGGCUUCUGCGGCCUGCCGUCGACGCCGACGGCCCCCGCGAUGACGUGCGGCGAUUCCAGGUGGUUAGAGGAAGAGGAGCCGGCGGAGAGGGUGGAGUCCGGGAGGGCUCUGAGGGCGAAGAUGUUCGAGAGGCUGAGCAAAGGCAGCACUUUUGAGAAGGCGGAGGCCGCACCGGACGUGGGGUGGGUGACAGAGCUGUUAAAGUAGCGGAAAGUUGCCAAUCGCAAGAAGAUCGCAGGAAGGAAGAAAGGAAGAAAGGUGCAACUUUCGGAUGCCAUCUGCGCUGGUUCUUUCUUGGCUUCUUGUGAACCUCGGAAUCUCCGAAGUUACAUGUAAGCAAGAAAAAGGAGAGGAGCGAUUACUUGCUGUAUAGCUUUUGGGUCUGGGGACGUGGGGAUAGCAUCCAUCGUUCGUCGAUCUCGUUAUGCCGAUCUGUGUCUGUCAUAUGUGGGUGGACAUUGUAAAUCUCAGCUUAAUUUCUACCCAAUAGAUUGGGAGAUUAUGAAUUA